AUGGGACGAUUUGGGCGCGAGGUGAUAUCAAUUCACGUGGGACAGGCAGGUGUGCAAAUUGGAAAUGCCUGCUGGGAAUUAUAUUGUUUAGAACAUGGAAUUCAACCAAAUGGGAUGAUGUUGGAUGAGCAAAUGGUGGAUUCGGAAGACGAUUCUUAUAUCACAUUUUUUGCUGAAACUAUUCGUGGUAAACAUGUCCCGCGAGCAAUUUUUAUCGACUUGGAGCCAACUGUAGUAGAUGAAGUUCGAAGUGGAACUUAUAAAAGACUUUUCCAUCCAGAACAGUUGAUCACUGGUAAAGAAGAUGCAGCCAACAAUUACGCCCGCGGUCAUUACACCAUUGGAAAAGAAUUAAUUGAUGUUUGCAUGGAUCGAAUUAGACGAAUGAGUGAUACGUGCAGUGGUCUCCAAGGUUUUUUAAUUUUCCAUUCAUUUGGUGGUGGUACUGGAAGUGGUUUUUCGGCAUUGCUUAUGGAACGUCUUUCGAUUGACUAUGGCAAAAAAUCAAAACUAGAAUUUAGCAUCUAUCCAGCACCAAGAAUUAGUACAGCUGUUGUGGAGCCUUACAAUUCAAUUUUAACCACUCACACGACUUUGGAACAUUCCGAUUGUUCAUUUAUGGUUGACAAUGAAGCAAUCUAUGAAAUAUGUCGUAAAAACCUUUCUAUAACGAGACCGACUUAUACAAAUUUGAAUCGUUUAAUAGCACAAAUUGUUUCUUCAAUUACGGCUUCAUUACGCUUUGAUGGCGCUUUAAACGUGGAUUUGACUGAAUUUCAAACAAAUUUAGUACCUUAUCCAAGAAUUCAUUUCCCACUUGCUACUUAUGCUCCAAUUAUUUCCAACGAACGUGCAUUUCAUGAGCAAUCAACAGUAUCCGAAAUCACAAAUCAAUGUUUUGAACCUGGAAAUCAAAUGGUGAAAUGUGAUCCAAGGCAAGGGAAAUUUAUGGCAUGCUGCUUACUUUUCAGAGGUGAUGUGGUACCCAAAGAUGUAAAUGCGGCCAUUGCAAUGAUCAAGACAAAACGUUCUAUUCAAUUUGUCGAUUGGUGUCCAACAGGUUUCAAAGUAGGCAUAAACUACCAACCACCUACAGUGGUACCUGGUGGAGAUUUAGCUAAAUUACCUCGAUCCGUUUGCAUGCUUGCCAAUACGACGUCAAUUGCUGAGGCUUGGGCCAGGCUUGAUUACAAGUUUGAUUUGAUGUAUGCAAAACGAGCCUUCGUGCACUGGUAUGUAGGCGAGGGUAUGGAGGAAGGGGAAUUCUCAGAGGCACGAGAAGAUUUAGCGGCAUUGGAAAAGGAUUACGAAGAAGUAGGAGUUAAUACAUACGAUGAAUACUAA